AUGAAGGACAUGCUACAUGAGUUUGGGGUCUCGAUGGGAUAUCAAAAGGCUUGGAGAACAAGAGAGAAGGCUCUAGAAUUGUCAAGAGGAAAGCCAGAAGACUCAUACCAACAACUCCCAAUGUACCUUCAUAUGCUAAAAAAAGAAAAUCCAGGCAUCGUAACUGAAUUGAUAACAGACAAGAAGAACAUGUUCAAGUACAUGUUCCUAGCACUGUCAAACUCAAUUAGAGGAUGCAUUCAUUGCAGACCGGUGAUUGUGGUAGAUGGCACAUUCUUGAAAACAACAUACGGAGGGACGUUGUUUACAACAUUGACAAUGGAUGCUAAUAACCACAUACUCAUAUUAGCAUUCGGAAUAGGAGACUCGGAGAAUGAUUCUUCACGGGAGUGGUUCUUCCACAAGCUAAGAGACAUAUUUGGAGAAAGAGAAGGCAUGACAAUCAUCUCAGACCAGCACAAAAGCAUAAAGAAAGCAGUAGCAACUGUCUACCCAAACAUAUUCCAUGGAGCAUGCAUAUUCCACUUGCUUAACAACAUUAAGGUCAAUUUUGGGGCACACGAAGAAGAUCUUACAUUAAACUUUGUCAAAACCACCAAGACAUACAACACGAAAUCAUUUGAAGGAUACAUGUCAGAACUCGACAAAAUAGACAGCAGAAUCAGACUUUAUCUUUAG